CUUCAGGCAUUCCUAACCUACCAAUCAAAAAGGUUAUUAAAUAUUUUGUAGCAGUAGAUUUUGUAGAUCCACUGUAGUUUUAAAAUCUUCAAAAUGCACACGUGUAUAAGUAGAGGAUCGUCUUAUAGCCCGUCCGGUUCAAUUGAAUAUACGCCUUUACAACUUGCAGCCAAAGAAGGAAACUACGAGGAAGUAGAAUUUUUGUUAGAAUCCGAAGAAAAUCCGUUGGAUACAGGACCAGAUCCUGCGUUACAUCUAGCUCUGCGGAAAGGACAUGUUGAAAUUGCAUUUCGUUUAUUAGAAAAGGGUGCCAAUUUUGAAAUAAGAGAUUCGUAUGGUGAUUAUCCCAUUCACAUAGCCUGUGCUAAAGGACUUUUAAACAUAGUUGAAAAACUAUCUUCCUUGGGAUGCAAUCUAGAAAAACCCAAUUCCAAGGGUUUGUUUCCGUUACAUUUGGCUGCCAAGAAGGGCCAUAUCCAUAUUGUCAGAUAUCUCUGUGUAGUUGGAUGUAAUAUUGAUGCCAGAAAUGCCGACAAUAUUAGAGCUGAUAUAACAGCUUUAAAGUAUGGUCAUCAGGAUAUAGCGGAUUUGCUGGAUAGGCUACGCCAUUCUGGCCAAAGGGAUCAUUACGUUAGACAGCUGGUUCCUACUACGAAGCCUGCCUUUAGGCUAAUUCUUAGAGUUCUUGGACAUUGCGCAGUGGGCAAAACAGCUUUUAUAAAAUCUCUACAUGCUGGUCUUUUCAGCUCGUUAUUCAAGAGAUCGAGUUCUCUUCAAAGCAACAAAUCCCGUCCAUCAUCUCCAAUAACAACACAAAUCGAAAUGGACGUUACCUCAAGACACAACUCGUUAACAUUCGAACCUCCAAUUCACUAUCACUCAACAAAAGGAAUUCACAUUCAAAACAUUGACAUUUCUGGUGUCGGUGACGUUACCGUUCUAGAAUUUUCCGGCCAGGAAAACUAUUUUCCUGUCUAUCAUAAUUUCCUGAGUCCGUCACCCAACGUGUUGACUGUAAUCCUAUUUAAUUUAGAAGACAGUCCAUUAGUACAGAUCCAACAGGUGUGCUUCUGGAUUAACUUCAUCCUAGCUCGACAACCUGCUGACUUGUUGCCUUCUUCAUAUGGAAAAGUUCACUUGGUAGCCACUCAUGUCGAUUUAACUCGUACUCCAAAAAAUCAGAAUGGUGAAUGGAUUUCAACAGAUGCACAAAAAACCCUUGAAGCUGUAAAAAAGCUCAUACCUCAUGUAUACAACUUAGAUCCUAACGUUUUAAUCGUCGAUUGCACUGCGCCUGCAUGCCACGGCUUCAAACAAUUCAAAGCUCUUCUAGCUUCUCUUAAACAUGCAUCUAGCACGUUAAGUGUAGGGAAUUGGACAGGUUUAAUGGAAUCCAUAGUGACAUUAUUAGGGAAUUUAAGGAAAGGCUUUGAACAAUUUCCUGUUUUAUUUAAAGAUGAUAUUUAUGAGAUAAUAAGAAACGAUGUUAAUCCUUUAGCGUCUGACGAUCAUAUUGAAGACGCCCUGUUGCAGCUUCAUAAAAUGGGAGAGGUAUUUUACACAGGCGAUUUAGUGGUAGUUUGUUUAACGUGGUUAGGCAAAAAUUUAAUUGGUGAACUAUUAUCAAACGAGUUUAUUUCCAACGCAAGAACUACUGGAGUUUACACUGCAGAUGAUUUUCAAGCUUGCUUUACUGAAUGCGACGCUCUCGGUACCAUACAACUCAUGGAAUCGCUUCAUUUAUGUGUACAGUGUCUCGUAGAUGAUGAUGUAGAAUAUGAAUUCCCAAUUUAUAAUCAAACGGAAACGCUUCCAGGACUUUGGGAUGCCCACGAUCCGAGGUAUAAGUCUGAUGAGACCAUCUAUGGAGGUAUACAAUUGCAUACUCCUCCGAAUACUUUACAUCUGUUAUUUUCAGUGUUUUCCCAUAUACAGGUAGAAUUGCGUAAAGCAACAUUGAACAAUCAAUCUAUAGACAACGAAACAGAUCUUUACCAGUGGUUCCGAGGAUCAAAAUUGAGUACAGAUAAUUUUGAAACUAUGAUAACAUUAAACAAACCACAAAUUCCUUCAGAGUUUAUAGAAGUGAAAAUUCGAGGAUCAGAAAGUUUCACUUCGGAUGUUUUUCAUUUUUUUAAUCAAGUUUUGGAAAUAAUCGACCAGGCCAUAUUAAUCGUUUGUCCUGGAAUUAUAAUUGAAAAGCACGUUUUAAGUCCUCAUGAACUUUGUAUUCACUGUCCAGAUCCAUACGUAUAUGAUCCGGCGGAUAUAUUUGCAGCUACAUUAGAUGCAGAAUCAGUCUUAGAUAUUGCCUUGUACAAUCCAAACAUUGACAUACACGAAAGUAUAACCAGUUUGAUAAUGUUUGGCGAUGCAGACUUAGCCAACGAAAUAGAGUGGGGCUGUACGUUAAAGAUAAAUGCGUUACCAGCUCCUGUUAAAUUAAAAGUUUGUGGUUUAUUGGAUCCACCAGAGCCUCAAGGAAAAGACUGGUGUUUACUUGCUUUUCGAUUAGGACUCGAAUCAGAGGUCAUAGCUUCACUUGAUUUACCACACACCAGUCGUACAAUGAGACUGUUAAAUGCAGUAGAUUGCACUAUAGGGGCUCUGAUAGCAAAUUUGCAUGAUUUAGGAAGAAAAGAUGUAGCGGACGUUGUAUUACGUUCUGCACCAUUAGUGCAUUUAGUGAAGAACUCAAGCCUUUUAGACUAGAAGUGUAGUUUUUUAAUUUUAAGUGUUGCAUAAUUAAAGUACAAAAAUUACAAAUCAACCUUAAAAUAAUUAUUUCUAUAUAAUGUUUCUCCAUGAUAACCGUAAUUUAGAUGCAUUUCUUAUAUUUCUUAAAAAUUUUAUACGCUAUGGCAAAUGUGAGUAAAUCAUCGGUGUUGCUCCUAUUCAUAAUUCUACUAAAAAAUUAGUACGAUCGAAAAAUUGUAAUUUCAGUUAUUUAAACUAUAAAAGAAACAUUAUUAAUUAAUAAGGAGCUUGUAAGCAGGACAGCCGUUCAAUGAAUAUAAAAAAUAAUUUUUAAAUUAUUCGCUAUAACAUCUAUUUAACAAUUUCUAUGCUUCAUGUUAAUAAA